ACGAUCGGAUGGUUUACCGGUGAACCAACUCACUAAUUAUUAUUGUCGACCUCCUACUUUUCUUUCCCCACGUCUAUCGUUUCUUCUCAUGUUAACUAUCUCCUCUCCAACUUUCUUUCCUACAUUCUUAUAUAAAGAUGCUGUAACUCGCUUCCAAAACUAACCCAAUUAAGCAUAUACCAAAAGUAUAUAACUUUACACCCCACAAAGAAGUCUUGGUUUACGUUAUCUUUUUCGUUUUUGCGUAUCACUGUGAAGAUGGCACCAGCACUGGAAGCAGUAGAAUUUGAUGGAUCAUCGUCUUCGUUGAAGAGGGUGUGUGUCAUGGAUGCCGGAGGUUGUUUAGGGUCUUCACUUGUCUACAGUCUUCUUCAAAGAGGUUACUUCGUUCAUGCCGCCGUUCAGAGUCGUGUUGAGAUGGAGUCUAUGGAAAGAAGAAUUGUAGACAACAAGAAUGUGAGAGUAUUCCACACCGACCCGAUGGAUUAUCAAAGUAUAGUGGAAGCUUUGGAAGGAUGUUUUGGGUUGUUUUACUCAUUUGAACCUCAAUUUGAUCAACCCUCUUAUGAUGAAUUGAUGGCAGAAAUGGAGGUAAGGGCAGCACAUAAUGUAUUGGAAGCGUGUGCCCAAACCGAUACAAUUGACAAAGUGGUAUUUACUUCAUCUGCCACUGCGGUAUUUUGGAGGGACCCAAGUGACUCAACGCCUUCAUUAGGUGAUUUUGAUGAAAGAAAUUGGAGCAACGUAAAUUUUUGCAAGAAAUUUAAGUUAUGGCAUGGUUUAUCAAAAACAUUGACCGAGAAGACUGCAUGGGCCCUAGCCAUGGACCGAGGGGUGAGCAUGGUGUCCAUAAACGCUGGAUUACUGCUGAGCCCUGAUCUCACAGUCACACAUCCGUACCUAAAAGGUGCAGCCGAAAUGUACAAAGAUGGGGUUUUUGUUACGGUGGACCUUAAAUUCUUGGUAGAUUCUCACAUUUGUAUUUACGAAGACAGUUCUGCUUAUGGUCGAUAUUUGUGCUUCAACCAUGUCAUCAAUUCCAACGAGGAUGCCGUGAAUCUUGCACAAAUCCUAUUACCCGCAGAUAUAUCUUCACUACCACCCAGUAUGAUGGUAGGGGAGAACAAGAUGAUGCCACAAAGAAUAAGCAACAAGAAGCUUAACAAACUCAUGGCUAACUUUGAGGGUGGAGCUACGCUUAGUGCUACAGAAUGAAUUCAAAAUACCGUAUAACAACAUUUGUUGUAAAUAUGUUAAUCUUUUAGUCAUUUUGCCCGCAUAAACACUGAAAAAAAGUAUGUAACUAUUUAUUGUACUUAAGUUAUACGUUGAUAAUAUCAAACAUGUUUAUUAUAUUAA